AUGGGGACAAUUAAGCGAUUACCAGAGCCAGUACGCAGUACGAUGCGUUCAGGGAUCGUGGUGUUUGAUUUAACAAGAGUUAUAGAGGAGCUUGUUUUUAAUAGCUUGGAUGCUGGUGCUAAAAAGGUUUCGGUUUACGUGGCUGUUGGGGCGUGCUAUGUGAAAGUUGCUGAUGAUGGAUGUGGGAUUUCGCGGGACGGAUUGGCAUUGCUGGGAGAAAGAUAUGCUAAUGUUUGGAAGAGGGUUAAAUAUGAGCAUCAUAUGAUACCUGUAGAAUACAUAUGUGGGAUUAUUUUAACUUCAAAGGUUCAACGUAUGGCUGACAUGGAUGUUGCUAGUGGAAACUUUGGCUUUCGGGGAGAAGCUUUGUCUUCUAUUGCUGAUGUCUCAGUGUUAGAUAUUGUGACAAAAGCUCGUGGGAGGCCGAAUGGAUAUCGCAAGAUCAUGAAGGGAUCUAAGUGUUUGUAUAUGGAAAUCGAUGAUCAUAUUAAAGAUGUUGGGACGACAGUUGUUGUUCGCGAUUUAUUUUACAACCAACCAGUUCGGAGGAAAUGUAUGCAAUCCAGCCCCAAGAAGAUCUUGCACUUGGUUUCCUUCAAAGUUGUUGAUAUUGAAAGUGAGGAGGAGCUUCUCUGCACACAUCCAUCUUCUGCAUUGUCGCUGUUGAUGAGCAUUUUUGGGAUUGAAUAUUCCAGCUCUCUUCAUGAACUGAAUAUUAGUGAUGGUGUAUUAAAGCUUUGUGGCUAUGUAUCUGAUCCUUGCAGUAAUUUUUCCAUAAAGGCUUUCCAAUAUGUUUCAGAUAUCAAUUCACGGUUUGUUUGCAAAGGUCCAAUUCACAAAUUGCUAAAUCACCUGGCCUCUAGGUUUGAGCAUCCAGAUCCACAAAUGUCUAACAGUGUGUCUCAAAAAGGAAAGAAAAGCAGGCCUCAACCAUGUCCAGCUUAUAUUCUAAAUAUCAGUUGCCCUUUAUCUCUCUAUGAUUUAACAUUUGAGCCAUCAAAGACACAUGCUGAAUUCAAGGAUUGGAAUCUUAUCCUUACCUUCAUUGAGAAAGUCAUGCAACAACUCUGGAUGGAAUCUACCAUUAAUGGAGAAUCCUCAACACAUGCAGCAGAUUCAUUCCAGAAAAAUGACAUCUGGCAGGAAGGUAACAAUAUCGCAUUGGCGGAACAAGAUUUGUCUGGAUUUGCAAUCAAGAAAUGUGAGGUUAAAAAUCACCUGUCUUCUCAUCACCUCCUUUCUUCCCCUUUGACGAUGCUAACCAAAGAGGUGGACCAUCUUUUUCAUGGGAAGCAUGAUAAAGUUCCACGUCAAGAAUUCUACUCGAAUGUUUCAGAACUUGAAGACGAACAGGCUGAUAUGGAAUAUGUUUUUCAGAGUGACUACAUGGCAACUGCAACCAAAGAAAAUUUUUUAUUGUCAGAUGAUUGCUUCUUGGAAGAUAGUUUCAAUACCAGGGAAAGAUUCAGUGAUUGCAUCGAGAGCCAUUUCUUAAGCUCAGAGUGGCAAAACGAGUCCCCUAAAAUUGAAUCUGUGGCAAGAAAUAUAUCUCUUGUGAGUGUUUUACCCUUUGAUCAUUGUGAAUUACCAUUUAGCAAUAGUAAUAAAAAACCCAUGUUACAGAGUUGCUUAUCGCAGAGAAGCCUGUCACAUGAUAGGGAUUUGUUUGCUAGCAAGGAAGCAUUUGAAUUUCUUGAUGAUUGCUACAAGAACAAAAGAAGACGGCUUUGCUCAGAUGAAAAUGUUGGUAUCCCAGAAGGCGAUCAGAGAUUUGAUAUCUUUCCAUGUGCUUGGCAGCAGGACGAGGCAUCAUAUGCUCAGCAGUUGCAUGCAGAUAUUGAUAGAGCUGAGAUGUCUGCAGAUUUUGAUCUCCUGUCAGGAGCUUCUGCAAAGUCAUUUUCUCCAAAUGGAAAGCUCUAUGUCGAAGGGAAAGGUCUUGCAUCUGAUUCAAUCCUACAAACCGAAAUGUAUGGCUCAGGAAGUCAUUCAUCGAAGUCUGAUUGGUGUUCUGUGACUUCAAAUCCUUUUUGCCAUGCAAAAGAUUGGGAUGAUGAGCACUUUCCAGAUGAUAUGGAAAGUGAAAGAAGUAAGAGAUGGAGUAAAAAGGAAAAUUAUUGGCAUUUUCCUGAUAGUUAUGAGAUUAUGUCGAAGCUUUCCAGCCUAGAUAACUGCUUCUCAAGUUGUACAAGCAGUGUGUUAGAUUUUAAAGAUUCAGCUGAUUCUAGCAAAGCUAUCUACAAAUUCCUUCAGUGGCACAAUCAACAUGAUGAAUUUUCUUUACAACAGUCAGAUGUAUCCACUGGUGAGACAGACUGGCUCCUUUUGGAAUCAGGUUCUAAAGAAUCUAAAAGGACUGGCAAUUACGAAAGGCAAGUAAAUCGAUCAAGAUAUAGAGGUUGUGAACAAGAUCAUGUUCCUAACAAACGAUCCAGAAGAAGCAAUUCAGCCCCACCAUUUUACAGUCAGAAUACGAGGUUUGUUUCCUUAAACAACCACUCAAUGAGGAAUGAAGAAAAACCACAAACUCAGCUGUUCGAUAAUGGGCUCACUUCUCCAGAAGAUAAUGACUUUGAGCAUCUAUCUUUCCAGCCUAGUGAAGCGGAGGAAGAUUUAACACGUAGCACCAAAUCCAACGUGAAAGACAUACCAGAUGUCAUGCUGAACAUGAAGGAGAUUCCAAAAGGAAAUACAGAGCACUCCCAACAGCCUGAGGCUUAUGAUUCUUCAGUUGAAGGCUUUAUGCCAAAGGACGCCCACGAGUCAAUAGAUUAUGGGACCAAAUGGCAGAAUGGCAGCAAACAAAUUGCGAAUCACAUGUCAUCCAAUGUUGACAGCCAGCGUAACAUACUUGACAUCUCUUCAGGGUUUUUGCAUCUCGCUGGAAAUUUAUUAGUUCCAGAAUCCAUUCAUAAGAAUUGCCUUCAGGAUGCCAGAGUUCUUCAGCAGGUAGACAAGAAAUUCAUCCCAAUUGUAGCCGGUGGUACACUUGCUGUUAUCGACCAGCAUGCAGCAGAUGAAAGGAUUCGACUGGAAGAACUUCGUCAAAAGUUGAAUGACAAGGUAUUAUCUGGAGAAGCGAAGACAGUUGCCUAUCUCGAUGCUGAACAAGAGCUGAUACUUCCUGAGAUAGGGUAUCAGCUACUUCAUAAUUAUGGUGAACAAGUAAGAGAAUGGGGAUGGAUCUGCAAUAUUCAAGGUUCUGGGACCUUCAAGAAGAAUUUGAAUAUUCUCCACCAGCAAACAACCGUGAUUACACUUCUUGCAGUACCCUGUGUUUUAGGCGUCAAUUUAUCUGAUGGAGAUCUCUUGGAAUUUCUGCAGCAGCUUGCUGACACCGAUGGUUCUUCAACCAUCCCGCCAUCUGUUCUUCGUGUCCUUAAUUACAAAGCAUGCAGAGGUGCAAUCAUGUUUGGAGAUUCUUUGCUUCCAUCGGAAUGUUCGCUUAUUGUUGAAGAGCUAAAGCAGACCUCACUUUGUUUUCAAUGUGCCCAUGGACGGCCAACAACAGUCCCUGUUGUCCGCAUGGUGGCAUUGCAUAAGCAGAUAGCGAAGCUUGGAGUGCUAAAUGACUCGUGGCAUGGAUUACGCCGACACGAACUCAGCCUUGAACGUGCUGCACAGCGUUUAAGUGCAGCUAGAGACUAG